AUGGCGGACUAUACGGUAUAUCCUAGCCUUCGCGGCAAGACAGUACUGAUAUCAGGUGGUGCGGAAGGCAUCGGAGCAGCAGCCGUGGAACUCUUCUACCGCCAAGGGGCUCAAGUGAUAGUCUUCGACAUCGCAGAAGACAUCUCGGCUCUAUGCAAAGACAUCGAAGAACGAUACUCGAAGACUCAUCAAGAACGAGAAUGGCUACCAGAUCUGCUACCUCCGGCUUUCUACCAAUGCGAUGUCAGUAACCUGAAUACCCUCAAAUCAUGCGCAGACAAAGCUUUAGCCGAACAUGGUCCCGUCCACGUCCUAGUCAACAAUGCGGCCGCUGCUGGUGCUAAGAGCAGAGUGCCUUCCGUUGAUGUGACUCCAGAGCUCUGGGAUAAGGACGUCAACACAAAUCUUCGGCAUGUAAUGUUCCUGACACAGUACAUCGUGCCAUCUAUGCAGAAGCUCGGAUCCGGGAGCAUCAUCAAUCUUGGAUCAAUUACUUGGCGUAUCCCUGCUGUUGGCUUGCCGGUAUAUACUAUGUGCAAAGCAGCAAUCAUGGGUCUCACACGCACCCACUCGAAAGAGUUCGGCAAGUACGGGAUCAGAAUUAACAGCAUCAUGCCCGGUGCUAUUGCCACGGACCGACAGAUCAAGGAAGUCCUGACACCUGAAUACCGUGCGGAAGUCAUGGCAGCACAGAGCCUGCAGCGUGACCUGAUGCCGAAGGAAGUGGCGAAUGUCAUUCUGUUUCUGGCUAGUGAUGAUAGCAGUGCUGUGACAGGCAGCAGUUAUGUCGUUGAUGGUGGCUGGGUCUCUGAUACUUGA